GCCCGCGUCUGCGCAGUAGAAGCAGAUUAGAGAAGCAGUAACUUGUCUUACGGAUACGAAGAGAAAUGCUUAGUUUUUCUUUCACCUUUAAGUUUUCUUGGAGCACUUCCGUAUAGAAAACCAUGGCAGAUUCUGUUGAUUCAGAAGACCAGACAUUCUGCUUACAGGAGGUGCUCGACACUUUCAAGUUGUGUUUGUCCGAGAAUAAAGAGGUCUACCUUGAACACUACGUCGCUGGGUGGCGUGGUCUGGUAAAGUUUCUGAACAGCUUGGGGAAUGUCUUUGGCUUCAUUUCCAAGGAUGCUGUCAACAAGAUCAAGAUCCUGGUCAACUACCUGGAGGGUGAGAACGGGUCUCACUAUGUCACUGUCCAGUCAAUGGUAAAAUAUGAGCUGGAGACUGGACUAGUGGACCUGACCAAGAGGGGCAGCCAUGCAGAGUCAGGCUGCCGUACUCUACUGAGGCUGCACCGUGCGCUGAGGUGGCUGGAGCUCUUCCUGGAGCGCCUCCGCACCAGCAGUGAGGACAGCAAGACAUCUGUCAUGUGUGCAGAGGCCUACAAUGAGUCUCUUGCCCAGCACCACCCUUGGCUGGUCCGCAAGGCUGCAGGCAUGGCGUUCUGCGUGCUCCCAGGGCGUCCCGCUUUCCUUGAAGUGAUGAAUGUAGGGCCCCCGGAACAAGUCGUGGCCAUGCUAGGGGACGCUCUACCUCUUAUCUCUGAGGUGUACCAGAUCACAGAGGAACUUUACGCUCAACAUAAUCUGCUUGAUUUACCAUAGAGAGCAACAAGUACUAUUGUCUGCCACUUUAAAUGAUUAAAUAUCCUCUACUUGUCCCGCCUGAAGGGCUUUAAAGCUAGCUACUACUCCUGUUUGGUGAUUUAAGUGUUUCUCUGUACAGUGUUGGAUACAAAUAAUUUAGCAUCAUUUCAUUGAUGCUAAUCUGUACCUACUGCAUUAUCUACUGUUAAUUAUAAUGUUGCAUGUUAGUCUUUAUAAUCUGAAUGAACUUUUAAAUUCAGCUUUUGCUCAUAGAUUUAUUUGUUUUUAAUUUAAAUUGUUGAAGGGAA